AUGGCGAACUCUCGACCUUUUCGGGUUAUUGUUGUUGGUGGAAGCGUAGGAGGUCUAGCCGCGUCCCAUGCGCUUCAGAAGGCAAACAUCGAUCAUGUUGUUCUUGAAAAAGGAGAAAUAGCUCCGGCAAGGGGUGCCGGUAUCGGCGUACUUCCACACGGCUGUAGAAUUCUUCAGCAGUUUGGAUGUCUUGAAGAAGUGGAAGAGGAAUGCAAUCUUCUUGGAAAGAAAAUCAACCUUCUUCCAGACGGCCGUAUUAUUGGAAACGGCAACCUCUUUAAGUUAAGCAGGGAGAACCAUGGAUACGAUUUUCCUGUUCUGGAACGAAGGCGCUUUCUCGAAAUCAUGUACGAGAAACUGCCGGAUAAAUCCAGGGUGAGGGCAGGAGUUGGUGUUGUAGACGUUAUAGACUCUGAGGACAACGUAAAGGCGAUACUAGCUGAUGGUACCGUCGAAGAAGGCGACCUACUUAUUGGAUGCGACGGAGUACACAGUCUAAUACGUAGCUUCAUGUGGAGGAACGCAAAUGCCGCCAUUCCCGGGCUAAUCACAGCCACAGAGAAAAAAAAAACAGCCUUCCAUACUGAUUGGACCGCUCUGGUGGGGUUCGGCCCUACGCUACCGGGUACGAGUACCUGUGAUGUCUCCAUUGCGCACUGCGCAGGCAAGUCGUUUGCCGUGAUAGGCCAGAAGAAGUAUACAUUCUGGUUCGUCACUUUCCGAAACCCGAAGCGCCACUACUGGCCAACCAGCCCGCGCUGGACACAGGCCGACGCCGAACAGUACGCUGCAACAUGCUUCGAGUGCCCUAUCUCGAGUACACAUGUUUUUGGGGAGCUCUGGAAGAGUCGGGUGCGCGGGGAGCUAAUCAAUAUCGAAGAAGGAUUGUUGAAGCAUAUGUUUUUUGGUAGAGUUGUACUCGCCGGCGACGCCAUGCACAAGAUGACUCCCAACCUGGGAUUCGGAGGUAACUCCAGCAUGGAAGGUGUUGUCGCGCUUACCAACCUUCUCCACCGAGCCAUCAAGGAUCACAAUGCUCGAGGAACAAAGCCUGACAAGGCCGCCAUUGAAGCUAUACUUGGACAGUAUCAAGCUGAACGUACAGCGCGCAUGCGACCGGUUAUUGAUGUGUCUGCUCUGGUGACAAAAGUCGAAGCUUGGGAGAAUUUGGGCUACAAAAUCCUUUCGCGCGUCAUGCCAUUUCUUCCGGAGAGCUUGAUCGCUCAACAAACAGCAAAAAUCAUCCAAGUCGCGCCAAAGCUCGAGUUUCUACCACCUCCACGCGAUCCCAAAGCUGCCGUUCCAUGGAUCAGUAGCCGAACGAGACCGUCUAAAAAGGAAAGCAUUUUCUCAAGCACAGAAAGCCGACUAUAUAUUUUCUCUUUGCUACUUUUUUCUAUGUUCCUUUAUCGUGCUUUCUAG